AUGAAAGCAAAAACCCGCAUAAAAGUUAAAACCUUAAUCUAUGCUAAAUAUAUUUCAAUUUCACAUACAACAAAAUUAAGGAAUUGGCUUCUUGGAGGCGCAGAACACAGACCGAUUACCGUACCGAACAAAGGGCUGAUUGGCAAAUCUUCUAUACUUGGCAUAUCACCCAGUGUCUUCAAAUCGAGGAAUGUUGUCUUGAUUAGCGUAACCUGA